AUGAAAAUUUUGAAGUUUUACAUCAGUAUGAAAGAGAUCCAGAAUUAAAUAAUAAUUAUACUUUGGGUAAAAAUCCUGAACUUUCACACUAUCGACAGAAUAAUGAAGAUAAUAUAUUAGAUAUAUUAAAAUUUAGAGGUCCUAAACUUUUGUUGUAUCAUCAGCAGAAUAACAGAGAUAGUACUUCAGUGUCAAUAUUUUGGUGGAAUAACAGAGAUACUUCGGCAUGGAACCCUUAUACUAUCAAUAUGAAAAUAGCAUCAACAUGUCAGCAAAAUAACAAAAAUGAUAUUUCAGAUGAAAGCAUGGAACCCUUAUACUAUCAACAUGAAAAUAGUACCAACAUGUCAGAUAGAGGCCCUGAAUUUUCGUACCAUCAGCAAAAUAGUAGAAAUAGUACUUCGGAUAAAAGCCUGACACCUUCAUGUUACCAGCAACCAAAUAAUGAUGAUAAUAUUUUUGAUGCAAGCUUUGAACUACUAUACCAUCCACCUGAUUAUAAUAAUAUCAUUUCAGGUAAAGACUCGGGACCAUUACAACAGCAAUUAGUUAAUGUUAAUGGUGGCAGCAUUUUAAACAAGUUC